UUUUUUCCUUCCUUCGUGGGUGGCACGGUGUAUGGUGGCUAGCGUGGUGGCUAGUCACCAUAGCCGUCGAGUGAAUGAGGUUUGCCCAUAGAGUAACAUAGUAAAUAGUAAACGUUUACUAUGUUACUCUAUGGUUUGCCUGCGCUAGUGACUGUUCGCACGAAGGCAAUCUACGUCGCGUCGCUGUCGAGAGCAUUUCCGCGGUUAUGAGGUUUGGCCAUGAGGUUUGCGAAAAGAGCUCGCUUUUCAUACACAGCAAGAUUUUCAUUAACUCAUGGCUCUGUCAGAAAAUGAACUCACUGUUCUACUAAGCUUGUUGCAGGAUGAGCAACUAGAAAAGCGAACUUUCGAAUACCUAGGCCAGGCACUUCAGCACAAUUUCGCCAAACAAGGCCACUUCUGUGUCAGCUGUGACUUGGAUGCAAAGGACGCACGACGGAGAACGGCGCAAAUUAGAAGCUCGCGCAUUGGAAAGAAGGUGAUGGACACUACGAAUCCUCCUGAAGAAACUGGUGGAAAGAAGCCAGAGUUUACACAUGUCAUUCCCAAGCUGACAUUACACGAAAAAUACUUCCUGUCACUGUUGUUGACUUUUCCUACAAAGAUGUAUUUUUCAGUCUUGGUGAAUAUGGAAAUGUCGUUGCGCUCCUUGGAAGUUGUAAACUGGCUAACAACUGCCGUGGAGCUCUCUACAGAGUGUGUACAUCUGUAUAUCUCAAACAGCAUAUUGACUUGUGAGACUAUCGAGGAUCUCUACCAGCAAAAUAGGCUAAGUGACUGGUUUGUGUGUUCCUUUAGUCCCUUAUCAGAAACAAGAUUAUUAAUGGUCAGGAUCUCUUCAUUGAAGGCCAAGCAUUUUGCAUGGAGUGGAUCCGAAUAAGACAAGCACCUGCUCUAUUUCAUCUUCUCAAGCAGAUUGAUACAGCAGAACAAGGACCGUCAUCACCAUCUCAAACAAGUACAAAAUAGCUCUAUGGAUAACCAUGCACUGUGGAAGCGACAGAACUGAAGUGCAUGCCUGCUGCCACGCCAAGAAAAAUACCUAGCACUUACGUUUGCUGGUAACUUUUCUAUUUGCUUUGCUGAAAUUAAUUUCGCUUUAUUUAUUAUGAAAUUCAACCAGUUGUAGGAAUUACUAGGUUCAAAGGAUGGUGAUUGUUUAUUUUGCAAGAAUGCUUUUCUUUCUAUUUCUUACGACACCACCACUUUCCAAACACACCGGUUUUUCAGAGUAAACCCUGUUUAGCUCUCCACAAAAAAUAUACUAAUAUAUUAUGACUGUGAAAUGUACACUGAACCAUCGAAAUGUUUCUUCUAUUCACAUUUCUUGUGGAUAUAAUUUCCUAAACGAUGUGUGCAAGCAAUACCAAAAUCAGCCCACAAGCUGAUGUACUACUUGCAGGGCAACACCAAGUUUUCACUCCAGUAGUGUGAAGAUAGGUUGUUGGCAGGUAUAGUCCCUCAUUUUGAGAGUUGAAACAGUCGGCACUGUGUGUUGCCUCCUCUUACAUAACUCCAGAGCAGUCCUCCAACAUCUGGUGUGGUUCUGCAGUUUAAGCACUUUGUAAUGUGCUUUAAAAAAAUUAACUUCCCUGUUACCACUUCUCAUACAUAGCAUUUAGACUAGAAGACCUCCUCAGAGAUGUGCAUUCACUGAUAAUGUAGUAUCUUUAACAGAAUAAGUUUAUGUAUGUUAUAAAGUAAGUUUCUACAUUUUGGUAUGUUUUAGUAAGGAAGUGAAAUUACUCAAAAGUUUUAUGAUGAAUUGGGUAAUAUUUUCUUGUAAUGAGCUAUA